AUGACUAAGAACAACGGCACCGAUGACAUUAUACCUAAGUGGAAUGGAGAUCUCACCACGGUGGACGAUUAUGAGAGAAACGACGUGGACUGGGACCGCACCGAGAAAGAUGAUGGAGCUGCAGAGCUACUACGACAUGUUCGAGCGAAGCUCGGAGCUCAGCCCAUCCAGGAUGCAGGCAAGUAUCUAGCGAGAUGGAUAUUCGACUUACGCCGAGAUACAGGAGAGCCGAUGCCGAGUCAUAUCAGCAGAGACGACGAGGCCUACCACGACGUUGUGAAAGGGUUUGACACCGAGUAUGUCAAGAAGCAGCGUACGGCCCGACUCUCCGAGAGAUCCAAAUUGUGGAACACCCUCUACAGUGAGUUGAAGUGGUUCCUUUACAAGAUCGAGCAUGAGGGCCCAGAAGAUGCUGCAGAAGUAGCGAAGGAUCUCAACUGGCGUCUCUGGAGUUUUGUCAGCAACGGCCUAGAGGAGAUACCCGAGCAUCCAGAUUUCGGUACCGACUUCAAUCAGGCGAUUCCUCUGGACCAACUGCGUGGAUGGCUACUGCUGCAGAGAUCAAGAUUGUCCCCGACCGAGCGUGCAGCAGUGAUCAGCGCAGUCAAAGGCAACUUCGACUACGACAGCAUCGGAGAGCAGUUGCGAGUAUCUUGGCCCGACGAUGACGCCCAGGAGAUCGAGGACGCCGAGACCGCGUUCGCCGCCCAGCAGCGCAGCUUCGAGGAAGCCAGAAACCUCCUUCGACGAGUCAAGACAGCAAGGAAGUUCUACCCCGACAGCGCAAGUUUCAAGGGCCCCGGGCUGGAUCCAGAGGCUCUGGAUCGUCGAGUAAUGGACGAGGCCGAGGGAGCGGACAGCGACGUGACGGACCUCCUCGACGAGAUGGAGAUCGCUCCCAGGGUCGGCUGCCCCGAAGGGCCAUGUCUGAAGUGCGGAGGCAAUCACGAGACGAAGGAUCAUCGAGAUCGCGUUUCAUCGGCCGGCAGCAAAGGAGAUCGUGAACGCCCAAAGCGAGGUUUUGGAGCUUUCGUCUUCUUCGGCGCCGAGCAGGAUGCCGAGAUGGAGGCCAACCUCAUUACGAACGAGACGACCCGCAUCGAGCUGGAGACUGCGAUGCUUCACAAGCCGGUGAUCAAGAACAAGCCGAAGCAGGAGAAGCGGCAGCUCGACAAGACCCAGUAUCUUCAGGUGGAGAAGUCCAUCGAGAUGCGGGAGCGAGUUCAACACGUCAAGCUGCCGAGCUGGCCUACACUGGAGAAGCUCGACGACUGGAUCUUCAUGAGUGUGAAGCAGAGCUCCUCCAAGGGUUUCGGAAUCCUGGACAUCGGCGCAACCUCAAGUAUCAUGGGCAUAGAGGCCGCCGAGAACCUACGCGACAUCAUUUACGAGCAGACGGGCCAGAACAUCAAGAUGGACGUUAGCCAAAAGAGUACGUUUAUCUUUGGCGACGGCAACUACAAGACCUGCACCGGCAAGGCUACCUUUCCUCUCAAGAUUGCUGGUGUGGACGGCGAGCUCGAGAUUAACAUCCUCGACGCAGAUGCCCCGCUCUUGAUCGGAGUGGAUGUUCUGAGCCGCCUGGGAGCUGUGAUCGACUGCGAGGCACAUUCUGUUUACUUCAAGAAGCUCGGACGUCGAGCUGAACUGCUCCACCUCAUCAGCACUUACGAGCACGGGGACAUCAUCACUACCUACGCCUACGGGGACACCAUCAUCCUUUACGCUUACAGGGAGAUCACCAUCACCUACGCCUCCGGGGACAUCAUCAAUAAAAACGUCUGGGACAUCAUCUGUAUCAGCCCCUACGGCCUCAGCUAUGACAUCAUCAGGAUUGCCUUCCAUAUUCGCAUGAGCCUCAACCGCGAGACGACAUGCCGCAAAGCAGAGAGCCAGCAAGUGAAGCUGGAGAACGAGAAGAUGGACGGCCCCUUGGAGCAGGUGGACGUUCGGGUGCCUCUGGAGGACUCGGGAGCAUCGGCGACGUGCCGCUCACCGACGUCGACGAGGCCUACGCUACAACGGAUAUUGCCGCAGGGGCGACUGAUCGCUCACCAGGACACGAAGGGCAACAUCUUCUACACGGUCGAGGGCUCGGAGCUGGACCACAGCAAGAAGCGGAUGACGGACAUCUUCCUACUGGAGCACCUGCCGAAUUGGGAGACGUGGUCCAGCAAGCUCCUCCGGCAGUGGACACAGUGCCGCCGCUGGGGGCGGGUCACCCAGAAGGUCUUUCUCAAGACGAUCGACCACGUGAACUGGAAGCUGGACAGUCUCGGCCUACCUGUGCAGCUGCUACCAGAGAAGUACCCGACCUGGCCGACGGACCUCGAGCACCGGGCGAAGAUCGAGCAGUGUCCGCCGAGCACGAAGGCGAAGCAACGCCCCCAGAAGUCGACAGCCGCGGCCGCGCGCGAGCAGAAUCAAGAGCUGCGGGCCACCAUCGAGACCGCAAAGUCCGAUUUCUUGACCAAGUUUGCGGAGGUGAGUGCGUUUGCAGCGCUGAGCUCAGAGCAGAUCUACGAGCAGCUCAGCAUGGUCACGCUGGGCAACCACCUCAGGCCCCUGUGCAAGAUGUGGGGGUUGACCCAGUCGGGCAAGAAGGAGGAGGUGAUCGACAAGAUCAUAGCGUACAUCAUCGAGCAGCGCGGCUCGGCGGCAGCGACGAUCAAGAUCAAGGUGGAGACCGAGACGAAGAAGACGGAGAAGGCGCCUACGACCGUGGGCCCGGCGAUUCCAGCUCACUACACGCAGAUGUGCCAGCACCCGGACUGCAAGCUAUGCCGAGGCAUCGCGAAGAACGAGCCGAUCGUGAAGGACGAGGGCCUGAGUGAGGUUCAGGCCGAGAGGUCGCGCUGGCACAGCGACGAGAGCCGGCCGCUGAAAGGUCAUCAGCGUCAGGCGAUCCGUGCAGCUACUCACAUGACGAGAUCGGCCAUCUUCGGAGCUAUGUGCGCCCUCACGACCUUCGGCCGCCUGACGAUGGUCGAAGCGUGCACCCACGAGGACUCGAACCUCGGUAAGCGUCUCGGCCUGUUCAACGAGAACGACCUCAGCAAGCCGCAGGGUUACCACAAGGCGAAGUUCUUGCUGGACGAGAAGCGCCCGGAGCUCUUCGUCAGCACUCCACCCUGCGGGCCCUGGUCGAUAAUGCAGAACGUCAACCAGCGCGAUGACAGGCAGAGGGCGAACCUUCGCAGGAAGCGCCUCAAGAGCCAGCGGAUCUUCGAGAACAACAAGAGGCUCAUAGAGCACCAGGUGCUCAACCUGAACGGCUCGGCCCUCGCCGAGCAGCCACACAACAGUCGGUCGUGGCAAAAGACCUGCUGGAAGGACCUCCACAAGACACUCCCCUACGAGGUGAUCGUGGACGGCUGCGCCUGCGGACUAAGAGCUCCCGACACAGGCGAGCUCAUGAAGAAGCGCUGGAAGUUUCUGACGAACGACAAGAGGAUCUGGGUGGCCCUACAGCCGCUACAAUGCCGUGGAGGACACUACCACGAGGAGAUUGAGAGCAGCCUGAGGACUGAGGCUUCGGGCUACUACCCCAAGAUGCUGUGCCGCCGGAUCCUCCGGGCUCUGACUAAGAGCCAGAACCAGAACUACUUCGAGGACGAGGUUGUGAAGUGCCUCUGCACGGCAGCUACCCAGCAGCCACCGACGGAGCCUACGCCUGUGGAGGACGAGCCGUCGAUUCCACCUCAAGACGGCAAGGAGACCCACGACCUCACCAAAGAGACGAUCAAGAAGAUCGAGAGCUAUAUUAGGCUGGUGCUACGAUUGGCCAGGACAUUCAAGUGCGACAUCUGUGACGCGCACCGUCCACCGACGAAGCGGCCGCCAGCCUCAUCAGCAGAGCAGCCGCAGAACGGUCACGAGGUUCUCUUCGACGCCUUCUCAUGGAUCCGUCGCAGCAAGAAGACAAACGUGAUGGCGCUGGCAAUCCUCGACGCCGGCUCAGACAUCCUCUACGUGCGACUGAUCGACGAGAAAGAGAUCCCAGGUACGACCCGACAAGUUCGUGCCGGUGACCUUCGACAUAUCUUUGCGACAGAGUGGUUUCCCUGGAUGGGACGUCCGAAGGUCAUGCGCUACGACCCCGCUGGCAGCGCCAUCUCUAACGAGUUCCGCGAGUGGAUCGAGAGCAAGGAGUCUACUGUCUUCCAUAUCGGCAAGAUUGAGCGCGCGAUCGAAGCCUUUAAGGAGGCCCUCGACGCUUUUGACGAGAUGGUCUCAGCUGAAGUACCUACCAGCGAGAUGAUUGGACUCCAGACAGCUGCCAGGAACGACCUGAUCAGGAUCGACGGGUUCAGCCCACUGCAGCGCUAUGCGGGACGGACCCCGACGGGGACCACGGUUAACCUGUCCGACGAGCCGAACAACCUGCCCCUCAUCAGCGCCGAGCUGCAGGAUGGCACCUUCAGCAGGGACGCCCAAGUUCGACGAAUGGCGCGGCUGGCUCACAUCCAGACCGAGAACUCCGACCGAGUCAAACGGGCGGAGGCCGCGCGCUUCAGGUCCUUCAAGAGGUACGAGACGGGCGACCUGGUCUUCGCCGCUGGUACGGACCUGGACGAGCACUCUGCCACGAGCCAUCGAGCUCGGGACAUCGACCUGGUCUACCUGGGACAGUGGUCAACAUCACACUGGCUGGACGCCUCUAUCGAGUUGCCCCAGAACAGCUUCGACCUGCUACGCCCUCCGAAGAGGCGAUGGACUCUCUACGCUCGCAAGCUGCUCGACCAGAACGAGGUGAUCGACCUUUCGAACGAGUCCCCGCCUACUGGCGAGGACCUUGCCGCUGACGACGGCGAGUCUGUCAGCGCUCGCACCUUCGAGGGCAACGCGAGCGGACCCUGGGCCAUUCCUGAGGACGAGGAGCUACCCGCGGCCGAGGUCCAAGACCCUCUCAUACAGCCAGUACAGCCAGAAGCACCACCAGGCAUUCCACAAGAGGGAGGCCACGAAGCUGGACACCAAGAGGAAGCCGAGCUACCUGCAGAAGAGGAGAUCGUCAUGGAGGCCCCUCCCGACGACGACCAAGCAGAGCGCAUGUCUCAGCAGCCCAUUGCGGUGGACACGGACGACGACCUCGACGAGACUACGGCGCCCGACGUGAACGACAAGCGCCGGCUGCGGUCGCCUGGCUCAACCGAGCCACCUGCCAAGAAGCAGCGGAUCAACGUCGCGACCCAGGAGGCCUUCUCCUACUACCUGCAGGAGGGUAACUUCUACGGGGACUACGCCUACAGCGUCCAGCAGUACGACGAGACGAAGGAGGACGACGAGCUCAUCGUGCUGGACAUCCCCGUCAGCAACGAGCACGCGUUCAUGGCCUACAUGGACGAUCCCAGCAACUUCGUGGCAUCACAGGCCCGGAAGGGCCGAGUGGAGGUCUCCUUCAAGAAGGCGACGCCUGAGGAAAAGAAGCUGCUACUUGAGGCCCAGCAGAAGGAGUGCACCUCCGUCCGCAGCACGAAGGCUGUCAGGAUCCUCAGCCGCAAGGGGAUCGACCCGGCGCGCCUGCUGCGCUGCCGCUUCGUGCUGACCUGGAAGAAGGACGAGCAGGGCAACGUGCUCCGAGGCAAGGCCAGAUUGGUCGUGCUUGGCUUCAGCGACCCCGAUCUACUACACCUACGGACAGAAUCACCAGUUGCCUCAAGACAUGCACGACAACUUCUACUGGCCAUGGCAGCAAGACACAAGUGGAAGCUGGAGAAGGCAGACGCAGUGACAGCCUUCCUCCAGGGCGAGACUGACGAGGAGAAGAGGAAGAUCUACGCCGACCCGCCGAAAAAUGUUCGUCAGGCAUUCGGCAUGAAAGAUGACGAUGUACUACAGUUCCUCAAGCCUAUGUACGGGUUCGUAGAUGCUCCUCGCAAAUGGUGGCUCCAUUUCAAGGACACGCUCAUGACGCUGAAGCUGGAGAUCGUGCAGUGCGAGCCUUGCGUCUGGGUCAUCCGAGACGGCAACAAGAUGGUUGGCAUGGUCAUCCUGCACGUCGACGAUAUGAUGAUUGCCGGCGAUCACAACAACUCGGCCUUUCGCAAGAAGCGUCAGGAGAUUCAACAAGCUUUCGAAUGGACACCCUGGGAGAGCCGAGCGUUCGUGCAGUGCGGCAUCAGCAUUCGACAGAACGAGGACUACACCUGCAGCCUCGCACAGGACAGCUACAGCCUGAACGUGGAGCCCAUCAAGAUGCGACGUGGGAGGAAACCCACAGAAGGAGUUUCAGACAAGGAGAGAUCAGACCUACGAGGCCGACUUGAUACAGUCGGAUGGCGAGCUCAGCAGUCGGCCCCGUGGCUCAGCGCAGAAGUCUCUCUACUUCAAGCGGAGAUACCUACGGCCACGCUCUCAACCAUCCAGAAGAUCAACAAGCUUAUCCGCACCAUGAAUGACACCGCCGACGUGGUCAUGCUCAUCCCGGCCAUUGAGCAGAUUGCCGUGGUUGGCUGGGGCGAUGCAGCCUGGGCCGCCCGCAUCACCGGCGAGUCCCAAGGCGGAGAAAUCGUUGUUCUGGCCCCCCUGUCCUUCCUGAGUGGCUCGACAGAGACAGUUGCGCCUAUCUCUUGGAGAUCAUGCAAGCUACCCAGAGUGGCCAGAAGCAGUACGAGUGCGGAGGUCCAGAUGAUGACUGAGACCCUGGACGAGAUCAGUUACGUGCGACUAUUUAUCUACGAGCUGGAGUGCGGUCAAAGGGACUACACCAACAAGCAGCACGUGAACGACGCCAUCUCAUCCUGCCCUGGCGUACUUGUCACAGACGGUAAGUCGGGCUACGACGCGAUCGAGAAGAGUGAGUCAGCUGGUCUCGGACUACGUGACAAGCGGACGAGCAUCGAGUGCCUGGGCAUUCGACAGCAGAAGGAGCAGACGGCCCUCCAGAUACGCUGGGUACACAGCGACGCCAUGUUAGCCGACGGGUUGACCAAGGAUCGUGCAGCCAAGGUCUUGCUGGAGUUCUUCAGAUCAGGCCAACGCUGUAGACUCGUGGACGACCCCCUUCACCGCAGUGCCAGGAAGCGCAAGACCGAGGGUAUGGACAAGCCCGACCAUGGCAAGCCGAUAUCGGACGAUUACGAGAACGCCAUGCUGGAGGCCCUGAUCUACUACGCCCGCGACAACCCCGACGAGCAGGAGAGCCCUGCUGGAGAUGCAGCCCUGUGCGGCAUGAUUAAGCCGCUCACGCGCUGUGCUUUCUGUGAAUUCAGUUGCCAGAGGCAGGUCUCGAUGCCGUAA